AUUCCCUAAAACACAAAACUCAUCCUCUGUGAUUGGUUGUGGCUCAGCGUGCUCCAUUGUUCCGUCCGCCCGUUUGUUCGCUUGGUUUCCUACGCACAAACAAAACUUUCCUGCCUGUACUGCGCAAUACCGGGCUCCACUGUGCUUUGACAUCCCAAAGUAUUGGAAUCUCUGACUUUUUCUGAGGGGAGAAAGAUAAAGUCAUUGCUUUUUUGGCAGGAUGUACAGCUUCAUGGGAGGAGGGUUGUUCUGUGCCGGAAUCGGGAACAUACUGCUCAUUGUCUCCACUGCAACUGACUACUGGAUGCAGUACCGUCACUCCAGCAAUUACAUGCACCAGGGCCUGUGGCGGUACUGUGUGCCUGGGAAAUGCAUGACACACACAGACAGCAUUGCGUACUGGGAUGCCACCCGGGCCUUUAUGAUUCUUUCCCUGCUGGCUUGUUUCAUCGGCAUUGUGAUCGGUGUCAUGGCCUUCAUCCACUACUCCUCCUUUGACGGGUUUGACAAGACAUUUGCAGCCGGCAUCCUGUUCUUCAUCUCCUGUUUCUUUGUGUUACUGGCCAUGGCUGUCUACACAGGAGUGACAGUGAACUACUAUGGCAAACGCUAUGGCAGCUGGCGAUUCUCCUGGUCCUAUAUAAUGGGCUGGGUGGCAGUGGUGCUCACAUUCUUCUCAGGUAUCUUCUACAUGUGUGCCUAUCGGAUGCAUGAAUGCCCAAGAAACUCCAACUCACGCUGACCUUCCAAAAAGGUCAACACACACAUCAGAACUGGUCUAUUAAACGUGACCAAGAGGAACCAAUGCCCCUGUGAACUUCCAGCUCCUUUCUGUUAACCUGAAUGAUCAUGAACAAGUAAAAUAAAUGAGAAAAAAAGAAGGCA